AUGACGUCAGACAUUGUAGGCAGGACCCACGGUUAUUGGCAACUCAGCGCCUGCAAACUUAUCUCUUCCUGUUCGAUGAAUCUCUUAAUGUUUGCACUUUCCCUGGCUGAGAUACGGAAUGAGGACAUCGCUGUUUACUGCAAAGUACAUGCUACCUAUUACUCUCCUACCCGCCCCUUUUCCUUCUCUUGUCUUUCUUUUUCUUUUCUUUCUUUAUUCUUACUCUCUCUUUUCUUUCUUUCUUUCUUUCUUUCUUUCUUUCUUUCUUUCUUUUUAAAUCUUUGUUUAUUUCGUAUUCCCUCUCGGUUUCCUCCAUUUUUCGUUCUUAAUUCUUAUCUCUUUUUUAUUCUUUUUCCCUUUCCUAUUCAUUUCGUUUCUUCUUCUUCUUCUCUCUUUUUCUCUCUUUUUCUUUCCUGCAUUAUCUCUUUUUUCCUCUUCUUCGUUUCUAGAUUCUUCUUAUUUUCUUUUCUUCUCUACAUAUUUCUCCCACCCUUUAUUCAUUUGUUCUUAAACUUUUCCUUCCUUCCUUCCUUCCUUCCUUCCUUCCUUCCUUCCUACUUUUCUUCCACCUUUCUACCCUAUAUUCCAUCCUUCCUGCUUUCUUUGAUUCGGUCAUUUCUCUCUUUUGCUUAUCUUCUUUUCCCCAUCUCCCUUCCACCCUUCUUCCUUUCAUUUAUUCAUCCUUCCCUCCUUAGCUCUUUCCCUCACUUCCUUCCCAUAAUUUUCUUUUAUUCUUUUCGCAACUUCCAUUAUAAUUUUUUAUUUCGUUCAAUUUCUCUUAGUAUGGUUUUCAUAUUUAUUUAUCCGCUCGCUUAUCCAGUUUCUUUCUUUCUUUCUUUCUUUCUUUCUUUCUUUCUUUCUUUCUUUCUUUCUUUCUUUCUCGUGUUACUAUUUGUUUUCCUUCUUUGUUGA